AUGCCAGUUGGCACUAACAGCCCCCUAUCUCUAUCUUUACCCCCUGCAGGUGUGUGUGUGGGUGGGCUAUGGGCGUGUGGAGGGAGCGUGAAGGAGGAGACUCUAGGACCAGACGCCAUUAUACAGCUACGCCGCUACGUAGCUUCCACUCUCAUCCGUCUCUCCUAUGACCUUCGAGCUGGUCACAUACUAUCAGUAGCUGCAGAGCUGGAGUCAACAGCAGCACUACUGGAUUCUCGUUACGACCCAAAAGUUAGGGGCCCUCCACCACCUAAGUCUGGCUUUACUCCUGCACCUCUCAGCUUUCUCUUAAGUAACUCAACACUACUUCACAAUAUUUCUGAGGAUGAAUUGAUAAGAAAUGGAAGAUCAGAAUAUGGAUUAAACUCAAGACUUAGAUAUUAUUACAAUAAAUUUAAGAAUAACUUUAGUGAGCAAACAUUUAAUGAAUUUAUUCAAAAGUUAAAUGAUACUUCAUUAAACACACUUGCACUAAAUUCAUAUACAUCUGAAAGUUUAGAAAGCCUAGAGAAAAGGACAUUUUCUGAAAGAAUAAACAGGAAAAACUUAGAAGAAUCCAGAAUUCACAAUUUAAAACUAUUGCUAGAGAAACAAAGAAGUUUUAAAGACAAAUCCACAUUAUAUAAUGAAGAUGAGGAGGAACCCCAGCACUCUUCCAAACUAGACUAUUCAGAAUCUGUUCGAUCAAUCUACCCAGUAUAUCCAGGUGACCUAAUAAAUAACUUACCUGGCAUAGCUGACUUAGAAGACUUGGGUAGUGAUCCUCUUCCACCAUUGCCAACCCAGGUAACAGUUAUUUUAGAUGGCUGCAGUUCCUCUCCGCCAUACAUUACGAGUGUGGUACGCCAAGCCAGAGCAGCAUGGCCAAGUAUAAGCAUUGUUGUGAGUGUGGAAGAGGAAAAGCAGGCAGAAGUGGAGGAUAUUAGCCAUCUGUCUGGUGUAACACUUGCUACGAUGAAGUGUGAGAAAUGGAGGCGAAGUGACCUUCGCAGUUUGACAAAGUUUGUUAAAACCCCCUUUGUUCUAGUCCUGGAUGGUGUUUCUGCCAUCACAGAUGACCUAGAUCUUCCAAGGUUGCUCUCUGUGGCCCUAGGACUCCGAUCUAUUGGUGUAGGCAUUGUAAGUGGUUCAGAACGUGGGCGAGAUGGGUCAUGGGACUACACGUGCACACGUUUAACAAUUAGGAACUCGCGUCUCACUCUUAGAGAUGGAUAUGAGUUUUCCAGGGCUGCCUGUCUCUUCUGUGAUGUCACUAUUUCUUCUUUCUUAGCAGCAACUAAGGUUCUCCUUGAUGUGCCAUAUGAUCUAAGUAUGUCUCACAGAUCUCAGGUUAUUGAUUGGAGUUUAAGGCUGCAAAGACACGGUUACUUGACAGUGACAUGUCCAGAUGUAAUGUUUCAUGUGCAAAGAAGUCUCAGGUCUAAGGAGCAGCACAGAGAAUCAGACCGAAGCUGUGUAACCAAGGAGGAAAGGAAACAGGCAAGAGCACAGCUGUGGGCUAUCAAGAGGCAAUACAGAAAAUUGGCACAGAAAUGGGAACUUAAUUUUGUUACCUUUAACAAUGGUACAAGUUUUGAGUACAAUUGCCGAGAAGUACAUUACGAUUGUAGUGCUAAUAUUAAAGUAAGAUAUUACAUCCUUCCACCAUGUUGUUUAAAACUGAAGAAUAAAAUGUUAAACACUGUUGAUAUAAUUGCAAAAGAGAACAGAGUACCAUAUGAAAUUAGCUCUGGUACUCUUUUAGGUGCUUUGAAAUUUAAAGAUGGUCUUCCCUGGGAUUUUGAUGAUGAUGCAUAUUAUAGAAAUUCAGAUGCAGAAGUGUUUAUCAGAAAUAAACAACGGAUGAGACGACUUGGUCUCUCUCCAUACUUUAGUGAUCAAGCCAACAAAGGGAAUAAAUCUGUUGUAAGUAAAUAUAUUUAUGCAACUAGUCAGGGGGGAUUUGCAUUGGAUUUAUGGGGCAGGAAAACAAUGCCAUCAUUGGGAACACUGGAAAAACUGAACAAAUAUCCAGACAAUCUGGUGUGUCUUCAGCAUGGACACAUCCCAACACCAAUUAAAGUUGCAAAAUCAAUCCAGAAGAACUUGACACUGAACAAAAGCGAAAAGAAAAUGCCACCUUCAUGCUACCUCAGUUCUUUUGUACGUGUGGGCUCCAACUGGUUACCUGGUCCUUGGAAUCCUGGCAAGAAAGCUCUAGCUCAGUACGGUGACUAUAUGUUUCGUCAUGAGCCCCAUUGGCGGUGGAAUGAUGAAGAGAAUCCAGGGUGGAAGCCAUGUCCACAACCAGGCCACCAUGCUUGUCUUGAUGCUCAUCCUUUGGAUGGCUCCAUACCAUUUCUCUAAGCACACUGCUGCAUGCAUGCAAGAUUCACCACUAAUACAGUCUAAUGUACAUGACAAAUUUAUUAAACAGAUGUUCGGGACCAGGAUACCAGAACCUUAGUAAUGUAAAAUUUGUUGAAUAAACACUUGAAUAUUUUUACCAUAGUUCAGAAUAAUUCUCUAAUCUUUUAAUCUUAGUCAGUCUUGAAAACAUUUCUUUACAAUUUUUAACAUCCAAUUGAUCAAUAAUAUUAUCAUUCCAGUGGUUUACAUUACUGUCUUAUAUUUUAUCCCAUAAACUAGGUACAGUGUUUCAAAAUGUAAACCAUUUAUUAAUGCCAGAUUCAUUAGUAUUACACUUUCAUCACUUUAUAUUUCAGCUGAUUAAAUUAACUACAGUAUUACUGUACAUCUACUGUUAUGUCAUUUUCAUUAUUCUUAUGAAUAUAAAAAUUUUGAUACAAAAUAACCCACUUCAAGUUCCAUAACAUUGUAUUGUUGCUUAGUACUUUUGGCAUCUUGCAUUAUUUCUCAUUUGCAUGCUAUUAGUAUUAGUCACCUAAAAUGCUGUGCAUACUAUGAUUUUCAUAAAUAAUAACCUCAUUUAGUUACUUUCACCCAUAUGAACCCUUUAAAUGCAACAUGCCCAAAAAUAAAAAUAAUGCAGGUGUUGUGGCAAAUUUUUGAAAAUGAAAAGCAAAUUUUUUUCUUAUGGAUUAAAAAAAAAAAUUCUAAGUAGAAUACGACAGGGGAGAAGGAAUUCUGAUAGUGACUUACCAUUUUGUGGCAUGCUGAAGUUGGUGAAAAAUGAUGUGCUGUGAGCAACAGUGUUUCAGUUCCACUAAGCAAUUUUUUUUUUUAUUAUUAUUAUUAUUAUUUUAGUGUCAAACACUGCAUACGUACUAGUUUCUUAUGCUGAU